AUGAAACUAUGCAACAAACAAUGUUUCGCGAAUGGCACCUGGGAGCUGCAAACCGACUACAGCACGUGCAGCAUAACGCCGCGGCUGCUGCGUCGGUACCGCUUGCACAUCGCCGUGCUGGCCCUGUCCAUUGUUUCCUGCCUGCCCGCCGUGUUCGUUUUUUUCUUCUACAAGCGACUGAGAGUGACACGAGUAGCGCUGCAUAGAAACUUACUCAUUGCUAUAAUUAUCAGGAAUAUCCUCGUUAUUAUCAGUAGAAGCGAGGUUUAUAUUGACGAGCUCACGAACUCGGGCGACACCGUGAUGUACAGGCACGAGGUGGCGUGCCGCCUGCUCGCGGUCGCCGAGCGCGUCGCCGCCAACUGCGUGUUCGUGUGCAUGCUGGUGGAGGGCGUGUACCUGCACAGGCUCAUCGUUGUAGUAUUCCGGAAGAAGCUCAAAGUAAGGUGGUUGUACGGAGCUGGUAUCGUGAUUGCAUUAGUUCCAGCACUAGCAUGGGCCAUAGUUAUGAGUUUGAUGAACGACCACUCGUGCUGGAUUGUGUACACGGUGGAGCACGUGCAGUGGACCUUGGACGCACCGAGGAUUGCUAUAUUACUUAUCAACACCGUCCUGUUCGUCGAUAUCUUGAGAGUAUUGCUUACGAAAUUACGGAAUACCGAGAACUCGUAUCAGCUAAGUACAGCAAAGGCGACUUUAUUCUUGAUGCCUUUGUUCGGAACUCAGUUUCUGCUAACAGCGUUUAGACCAACUACAAGCGAUUGCACUUGGGAACAGGUGUACUAUUACGUUUCAUACACCUUAGAGGGCCUGCAAGGAUUUAUCGUGGCCUUGCUUUACUGCUAUGUGAACAAGGAGGUGCAUGCUCUAGUUAAGGCGACGUACAAAAAAACAGAGAACGCAGUAAGCUCACGAUUUCGCAGCUCUAGUAAUCCUCGUACGAGCUUCGAUCCGAAUUCUAAUAGAAGAAUCACCUACAGCACCAACAUACAAUCACAAAACAUUGACGAUGCAAAAGAGCAAUACACGUCGAUGUCACCAAAACUUCACGUUGCUGAAAUAAUAUCAAUACAAGCCAGCGAGAGACUUGCAGAAAUAUUAGAUCCAGUUUAUGAAACUAUUGACAACGGUUUAAGAAAUGAAGGUUACGAUUAUCUUAGUAGAUCAGAUCCAGAUAAUGAUUCGGGGAUCAUUCCUAACAGGAAUUCUAAUGCAGACUACGAACAGGGGUUCCCUAAAGAUUCAAAUGUUUCCGUGGGAUGCCCAGAUCGGAUAAGACUGUCGUCACCUAGUAACAUUAAUUCCUUAAGUAAGCAAGAUACAGAACAAUUAUCUAAAUCUAACAACACAAAAGAUGACAUUAUGAAUGAUCAGAAUGACGAAACAAUGUCAGAAGCAACAUUAAAAAAUGAAAGUAAUCAAACUCAUGGUAGAUCUAAAGAAAACGGCUCUCUCAAAGACCGUGGUAAUGGAGUUGGGUCGGAAUAUGAAGACUGUGAAAAUAUGCUUAGUGAGAUAAUGCAUUACAUUAAAAACAUCGAUAAAAGUGAUGUAGUACUAGAUCCAGAAGUUCUUAGUCCCAACAGAAACGACUAA